AUGAGCUCGUCGCCUGUUACCCCCGAGCAAGUGCUGGCUUUUACCGCCCCCACAGAGCGGUUUCUGUGCCCACUCACGGCGAACAAGUACGGCGUCGAGUUUUACCAGUUCACCAUUCGUGAUAUCGAGCAAAACAAGGUGCUGUUCGAGGUCGGCGAGGCCCCGGCUGGCUCCGCAGAUGGGAACGUUAAUGACAUGUUGGCCCGUGUGGCGCAGUUGUCCGAGGAGGAAGCCGCGGCUGCCCGCACUAUCCGCUACCGCUUUGCCCCUUCGUUCCUGCGCAAGACCGCUGUCGGCGCGAAGCUCGUCUUUGGCGUCAACGGCGAUCAGCCAGUACCGAAGUUCCGCAUGAUCGAGCGGCACUACUUCCGCAAUGUGCUGAUCAAGUCCUUCGACUUCGAGUUCGGCUUCUGCAUUCCGCACUCGACGAACACGUGGGAGGCCAUCUACGACAUGCCCAGCCUGAACCCGGAGUGGGAGGAGGCCAUCGUUGCCAGCCCAUUCGAGAUGGCGAGCGACAGCUUCUACUUUGUAGGCAACGAGCUCAUCAUGCACAACAAAGCGUACUACGCGUACGACGGCGAGGAGCCGUAA